CUUCCUCACGAGAUGUCUUCAUACGUUGGUCUCUUCAUAUUUUUAUACGUAGCUAAUAUAUCUGACAAAUCGUUCGGGGAGAUGUUCACUUCGAUGAUGAACGUGCAGCAAGCAGCUUUCGCAGAAAGACAACUCAUCGAUUGUUUAAGAACUUACUUAGAAAACGAAACACAAAGACUUGACGAUAUUAAAAGAUUCUUCUCAAGAGUCACAUCGUUGCACGGUGGGAUAUACAAUGAGCCGUCAGCUACCGUAGCUAAUCCAAUUGCUGCGUUCAAACUGGUCAAAAGACUCAAGUCUGAAUGGAUGAAUGUUGUCCACAGCAGUGAAGCUGAAGAAAAUAUUGAUGCCCUUAGGGAGGGCUACAGGAGAAUGGAAGGCAGCUUACCCAAGCUGGAAGACCUUCGGGGUGCAGCGCAGGGCCUGAUGAGGCUUCAGGACGUGUAUGAUCUAUAUGUGGAGGGCCUUGUGCGAGGUCGCUUCCAGCAAGUCACGAAUGGAAACGCUGUCGAUAUUUACACACCUCCCGUGUCUGAUUCUCUAUCUGGGGAUGAUUGCUUCCUUGUUGGAAAGGUGGCCUAUGAUUUGAAAGAUUACUACCAUUCUGUGCAAUGGUUUGAGGAGGCAGUUCGUCUCUUUCGAGGAACGGAAUGGAGUCCAGAAAAUGAAGGCACACUUGAAGAUGCCCUUGACCAUUUAGCUUUCUCUCAUUUUAAGACUGGAAACAUAUCUUACGCCCUCAGUCUCUCCCAGGAACUAUUGCUUCAUGAUCCUUUGAACAGUAGGGUACACUUCAACGUAGAGAAGUAUGAGAAGCUCCUACAUGAAAGUCCAUCUGUUACUAACCAGAGUUUGGUUUUGAAAAGGCCUGAUUCUACCUAUCUGAGAACCAGGAAUGUUUAUGAGAUGCUGUGUCAAACAAAAGGUUCUCAGCCAAAGCAUUUUGAAAACCCUAGGUUGUUCUGUGACUUUUUCACCAAUAGCAACCCUGGUCUACUUCUGCAACCAAUUAAACGAGAGCUAAUCAGCUUGCACCCUUAUGUUGUACUCUUCCAUAGCUUUGUCACCCGAGCUGAAGCUAAAAGCAUCAGAGAACAUGCCGUUCCAGGGCUCAGAAGAUCAGUGGUGGCAUCAGGAGUGAAUCAGUCCACUGCAGAAUAUCGCAUCAGCAAGAGUGCAUGGCUUAAAGAAUCAGCCCAUGGAGCUGUGGGUAAAGUGGACCGUCGCAUCACUAUGGUCACUGGGUUAAAUGUGCAGCCUCCUUACGCUGAAUAUCUCCAAGUUGUAAAUUAUGGCAUUGGAGGACACUAUGAACCUCAUUUUGACCAUGCCACAUCUGACUCUAGUCCAUUGUACAGACUAAAAACUGGGAAUCGUGUGGCUACAUUCAUGAUAUAUUUGAGCGCUGUGGAAGCAGGAGGAUACACAGCCUUUAUUUACGCCAACUUCAGUGUUCCUGUAGUGGAGAAUGGUGCUCUCUUUUGGUGGAAUCUUCAUAGAAAUGGUCAAGGAAAUGUUGACACUCUUCAUGCUGGCUGCCCUGUUAUUGUUGGUGAUAAAUGGGUUGCCAACAAGUGGAUUCAUGAGUAUGGUCAGGAAUUCCAACGUCGCUGUAGUCUUAAUCCUGAGGAAUGAAAAUGCAAUAGAUCAUUUAGUACAAGUACAAGAGUCAACCCCCUUGAAGAAGUAACAUUGGAAAGCGAUGGAAUGAAAAGAGGGAAGAGAUGGCUGCCUUCAUAAGUGAUUUGAGACCACGUCCUUUAUGAGAGUGAUGCAUGGAUAGUUCUCUCGUCUGUCUAAAUAGAACCAGGAAAUAAAGAGUUUGUCACAGUGCA